CUCAAGAGCGGCGUGCAGUUCACACACCGGCCGGUCUGAAGUAUACUUACUGCAGUGGUACCAUGCGGCAGGCAUAAACACAACUUUAAACUUCCCAAUCACAGUGAAAGGGUUACAAACGCGUUGGAAGUGAAUUUCAAAAGGAGGAUGCGCAGAUCAAGGAUUAGUAUUAAGCCCAAUGUCAGGCCAGGGGGUCGAGCUGUGGGCCCUACAGCAGAAAACAAGACUUCACAAGAGUCUGUUGACAACACCCAACAAACCAUUAAAGGGGAGCAAAUAGACAGACCACCACCCUCUACACAGUCACACCUGGAUGUGAUAGAGCCUGCUGUGUCUAAAGGAAAUGGAAAUGUUCCCAGCUGUCUCUCAGAGAAAACAUCUGUUAACACGGAUGAUAGAGUGCCCUCUAGUGCCAGCACACCUGCAGCUCCAGCACCUCAGAGGAGAAAUAGGAUUUCUGCCACACCAAACCUAACCAGACCCAAAAUCCAUUCUGUUCCCCGUUCAUCCACUGGCAAAGCUGCUGCUUCUCCAUCAGUGCCAUCCAAGUCUUCUCCUGAAACAUCUACCCCACCUGCUAUCACCAAAGAUGAUUCUCAAAACUCUACAUUCUCAGAUUCCACCAAUAAACAAACUACUUCAACAUCUUCCCCAUGUCUUCCAUCUGGUUGCCAUGAGCCUUAUGUCAAGAAAACAUCUGUACCAGAAUUUCCAUCUUCUAUAAAACCUCAACGAGAGGUUCAAACUCCCCAAAAAAACCCAAAUGAGGAUUCUGGGUCCAAGGAAAGUUGCUCUCCAUAUGUAAAGUUGUCACGUUGUGAUGGACCAGGUUCUCCCCUGAAGAACUCGGAUAUGUCAGACAAGCAGCGGGUCUUAAGAGCCCUCAAACUGAAGGAACUAAUGAAGCUGGAGACCAGGAAAGAAAGAACGAAGAGGAAAAGUGGACGGCAUUCAUCCGAGUAUAGCGAAGAAGUGGAUCGUAGCAAAAUGACCCUUGCUGAUUAUAUUUAUUAUCUACCAGAAACAAAUCCUAUGAAGUCCGCCCUUUCCGCGGACCAGACUCCAGCAGAGACCAUUGUACCGCCCUCACCCAAGUUGCCAACAAAGAUGGCAGUAGCAGAGGAAGAAGAUGAUGAUGAUUAUGACGAUGGUGAAGAUGAGUUGAUGGUUCCCAAAGUCAGGGUGGCAGAGGAUGGCUCACUGAUUUUAGAUGAAGAGAGUUUGACAGUGCGUGUCCAGAGGACAUCUGAUACAGUUGUAGAGAAUGCAAGUCCAAUGUUUGAGAGGGGCAAUACUACAACAUACAUGAGUUUCAGAAAGUAUAGCCAUGUGAAGUGCUGGUCUGUUCGAGAGACAGAUAUGUUCUAUCUGGCCAUCAGUAUGGUUGGAACAGACUUCUCCAUGAUGGCUCAGCUGUUAACUCACCGAACUAGAGCUGAAAUAAAGAGUAAGUUUAAGAAGGAGGAGAGAACAAAUGCAUGGCGAGUGGAUAAAGCAUUCAGAAACAAGCGGCCAUUUGACCAGGAGUUUUUCAGUUUCCUGCUGAAGAGGAUCUUGGAAAAAGACAAAGAUAAAGGCAAAUCGAUAAAGCUGGUUGUUAAAGCCAAUAAAGCAAAGAAAGGGAAAGGUGGUAAAAGAUCCAAAAAGCAUAAGAAUGCCAAUGAUGAAUUGGACACUGGAGAUUUAGAAAAGGAGAAUGAGGACAGUAGUAACGUGAAGGGGUCUGAUAUUACAUCAAGUACCAGCAAGAAGUGCAAGCGCAAAAGGAACACUGAGCCCAAACUGUCAUCAUGUGAGAAAACAUGCAAGCCAUCAAAGAAUCACAAGAAGAAAUCAAAACUAGAUGAAGGUAAAGAAAGUGAGAGUUUGCACGUAGAGGAUGAGUCUGUGAACGCUGAGAAUGAAGAUCCAUCAUUGAUGACAGUAUCGAAAAAGAAACGCAAACGUUUAGGAAAGAGUGAAGAGAAGAAGUGUGAAGAAGAGCCAGAAGAAAAACGCAAGACAAAAAGGAAAAAAGAAUCAGUUGAAGUACAGGAUGAAGACCCUGUUAAUAUUGAUGGAGAAAAUGAUCUGGCCAGUACGGAGCACAAAUCUGCUGAUCCAUCUGAGAUAUGCAAGCGCUCCAAAAAGUGUAAAGAGGAGCCUGCGAAAGGAAAACGGAAAACUAAAAAGAGCAAAAAGACUCCGGAAGAGUGUGCUGGAGAAAAUGAACUGGAUGCUGUGGCUGAAAUAUCAACAGCAGCCCCCGAUGCUGAAGAGGAUCAGGGGGAGGAGCUCACAUCACAAACAACCGCUCAGGAGGAGAUUCAACAAAACUCUUCAAAAAGGUCUAAGAGGCCUCUGCCAGAUUUGCCCAAAAGAAAAGGCAAAAAAUGCUCCGAGACAAAGGCACAAGUGGAGGAUGAGGCUCAGGAUGAGAACUGCGGAGAAACUGAGAAUGAGCUCAGAAUCAACAGUCUUGCUGAAAGUCAGCUUCAGAAACAGGCAAUUGUUGUUUUGGAGAGAACUCCUCCAAGGCUUAUAAAGACCCGUGAAUGGUCUGAAAGUCCAGACCAGCCACAGACCUCACAGAGCCUACAGGACUCUCCUGGUCGGCAGAUGAGAGCAGAAAAGGUCAAACGCAAUCUGACUGCUUUAGAAGGAGUGACGGAAGAGAUGGAGGACUAUCAGGCUGGUUUAGAGUCAGAUACAUCAGCAGAGGAUAUGACAAUGGAUGCCUUGUCCUGUAAGGAGGACAUCCAAGAAUCUCAAGCGGCAUAUCAGCACGAGGAGGAUUUGAAUGUGCAUCAUUUGAACAAAAUAAAUGAUCAGACGCUCUUGAAAAGCCCAGUUGAGUUGGUGUCUCAUGAAGAAGUAAACAGUUACCUCAUGGUGAACACAAAAACUACUGAAGAGAAUUCAACAACCUCUAAAAAUCAGCUAGAAGCAGUAUCCACCAAAGUCAACACUGUCAAUGUGGAAGAGCAUGUGGAUGGUCCUGAGGAGAAGAGCUCAUCUGGUGUUUCUCUAGAAGAGAGGGUCAUGCUACAUCCAGAGAUGAAGGAAUCUGGUUCCUGUUCCUCCCAAUCUAAUCUGAGCUGGUCACCACAGAUCUCAAAGACCCAAAGACCUCUUAACUUACAGACAACUGAAUCUAGUAAAGAAGAAACAACGAAUGCCUUGAAUAAAAGCCUGGACAUUCUGGAGGAACAACCCACAUCUAGUGAAACUCAGGAAAUUCUGGAUGAGAAGUCCCAGGAUGAUGCCCAAAUAACAGAUGACAAUCUUUCCUUCACAUCAGAUGAAGAAACUCCAACGGUGAAUAUCAAAGUUGUUCAGGAGAUUUUGUCCUUCCUUGAGAAACCAGAUCAUCUCCUCACCACACCAUCAGAUGAAGAUGUUCCGGAAAGUGAAGGGCAGCUUGAAAUUGAUCCAGCUCAGACCUGUAAGAAAACAGAACAAGUAACUGAUUUGGAGGACUGCGAUUCAGAUUCAGAAACAAUGACUGAAGAACCUCUUGAGUUGAAGGGGGCUACUCCAACCAGCUGUUUUAGACAAUCUGCUGAGGGUUCAGUAGUUUCUGCUCAACAAAGCAUUAUUCCCGAGUGGCAGAGUAAACCCAUACCAUACUUGAGACAGGCAUCCCAAAUCAUGGUCAACUCUCAACAGACCAGAGAACCUCAUGAAGAUUCUAUAAGUGAGAUUGCCGAUGAGUCAGGAUGUCAGAGCCCUGCUAAAGCGAUGCAUUGUGAACCGGAUUUAAGCAUGAAGGACAUCUCCACAGAGGAUAAGCUGGUGUCAUGUGAGGUUAAUUUGCAGAAGUGUGAAGAAGCUAAGGACCCGCUGACUCCUGUCCAUGUACUUGGCACAAAACCAACUUCAGGUCCAUCAGUUUCAUUGGAAAACACUGCCACAGGAAAGAUAGAAACAAACCCGGUUUUCACUGAUGCAAUAGUAGCAUCGACUGAAACAUGCAGUCAGAUUUCACCAGAAGUUCUUAGUGCAUCUUUUUCUGAUGACCCCACUGCAUAUUCAAGCAAUACAUGUGAUAUGAACACGAUGCUGUUUUCGGCUGAAGAUAGUAAGGAUGUGAACUAUGUGGGGGAGAUGCAACCUUUAAACACAGAUUCAGUACGGCAAGACCUGUCAAAAGCUUCUGAGGAUUUGAUUGCCCCUUUGAAAGGAGACGCAGAAUUGGAAAUAAAGGAUUCAGCUGGAAUGGAGUCAGAUAACCAGACAGAGGAGGAGCCCACUUUUAUUUUAACCCUGUAUGAGAUUCCCACCUCUCAGCUAUUUCAUGAAGCUUCCUUUGGGCCCCAGGACAUGUCCUCUUAUGACCUGCACCCAGCAGAAGUUUUUACACCUCAUCUGGCCUCAGACCAGUCACAGUCGAUUCCCUCCACAUUAAAUGAUUCCAGUUCACUUCUACACAUGAAAUCAGAAGAGAUUGAGAAGCAUGUUAGCAGUGUCUCUCAGAAGGUGGUGGAUCAUUCGUCUAUUCCUGAUUCAGGGCAUGAUGCCAGUUUACAAUUGAUAUCCUCGCAGAAAAGCAGCUUUGAUGUAGACGCCUCAUUGGAUCUACGAGGGAGCCAGGAAAUCCUCUCACGUAACGCUUCUGUGCCAACAGAUGUUACCGAAGUGCUGCAGUUAGAUAAGAAGCCGUCAGGAUCUACAGAAACAAAGGCUUCGUCUCAAAGGAGAAGCAGGAUAAAGGUGAAGCCAAACCUAAGGCCAUGUGUGAAGGCUGGGCCCUCAAAAGCUGGCCCAUCUAAAUGUGCUCUCAUGCAGAAAACAUCAGCCAGUGUUCAUUUACCAACAUCAAAUACUGCAGCAAAACAAGUCGAGAUAGAGUCCAAUCAGAAAACAUCUUCACAGGAAACUGUUGGCUUUCACUACAUUCACUCAGAUCUUGAAGAAAGUGAGAGAGAAACGCAUCCAGGGCAUGGCAGUGUGUUGUCGACUACCCCAGCUUCUGAAGACAUAAAAGAAGAUAUUCACAUAAAGUGGAAAAAUAUUUUCAAUACUGAUAUCCUAAUGGGCAAUGAUACUGCUCUUGAUCUUUCAGUGAAAAAUGUAUCAGAUGUACCUGAUUUACACAACACUGACAUUGAGGAGUCCAAGAAAGAAGUUGAAGACCCUUGUGGAGGUUCUUCACACUUGGUUUUGGUUGAUGCCUUUGCACUUGCCUCUGGAGACAUGGACGACACCAGACUUCUGAAGGCUUUUGAGAAUAGGAGACUUCUCUCUACAGUUAAUGAUCAAAAGGAAAAUUCGGCAGAUGUUUCUAAAGAGCCUGAAGCAUCAGAUGUGACAUCGGCAUCUCAAGAUGGGACAGAACCCUUUAUAAGCACAUGGACUAAAGAGGAAUCUUCAAGACAGAAGCAACCUGACAUCGAGUCUAAUCAGACCUUACAACCUCAGAUAAAAAAAGAGAUUGAUAAAGUGGAAGAGAGAACUGAACAGGAAGAUCUCUACGAUAAUUUAUCAGGAGAUUCAGGCGCAAUGCUGACCUUACCUGACGAAGUCAUAAAGACGAAGCAACAGCUUACAAGACUCACUGAUGCAAUGACAUCAACACGUGCUGAAACACAACCUGUGGAGGAGACGACUGGGAAGGUGUUGCCUAAUAUGGUUACUGAAGAAAAGAAAGAUGAGGUUUAUAUGAAGAGUGAAAGUCCAUCUGUCCAUCUGCAGUCAUGUGAAGACCCGUAUGUCUGCGCUAUAGAGAAACAACAGAGCCUCACAAAAGAGGAAGACCAGGAGGUAGAGGAGCAUGAGGCUGUUUCACACAUGAUGUUGGAUGAUAUAUUCGUCCCUGUCUCUGAGGGAGUGGAAGAUGAUUUGACCCAAGAAAUAAUGACUGUUAGAGAGGAAAGCUCUCAUGAAGCAAAAAGAUCCCAGGUCAAAGAGCAUCUGACUGUGUCAGAGUUAAAAAAUGCGACACCAUUUGUGUCACCUAAAAGGAGAAUGGCCACAAAAAAAGGCCUACUAAAGGUAAAGAUGAUUUUUCCCAAAAAGAGAAGUGGAGAGUCAACCUCACCAUCGAAACAACAUGAUGUUUAUAAUCUUCAGUCAAAUUCGGAAGAAAGUGAAAGCUCAACGAAAAUUUCAACUCCUUGUGGAAGUGAAAUCAAGGAGACUUUAUCCUGUGCUGAUCGGUCAUACACUAAAUCAUUGGAUACUGGGGAGGCGUGUGAAGGUGUUUCUCACACGGUGCUUUCGGAUAUAUUCGUUCCUGUACUUGACGAGAGUCACGAGACGGCAAGUAGCCAAUUUCACCAAGAGGCCUUGUUGGUUGUGAAGUCGGUUACUGAAAGACCAGAUACGAAAAGAAAAGUUGUAACGGCAAGUCGAUCUGCAGAGCAGAAUAUACCUUCCUGCAGGAGAGAUUGCACAAUUACACCAACAGCUCAUUCCCUGGACACUCAAGCUGAGGAUGAAUGGUCUCUCAAAAGUGAUAUGCUUCCAGUAGACUCGAAUGAAAUUGAGAACUGGUGUGAAGGAGUUUCCCACAUGUUGCUGUCAGAUGCGUUUGUGCCCGUCUCUGAGGAAGAACACAUCAUAGACCAGAAAGGAUUUGGUGCAAGUGGUGCUCACAAAGAUAGGGAAUAUGCUGUAAGUCUACCAGAAUUUAGGAGGACAUCUGACAAUGCCAAGAAAGAACAUCAAGUAGGAAGCAUCUCUGACAUACAAAAACCAGUUGAUAAACUUAAAGAAAAACCGCCAGCAUCACAAACAAAAAAAUCACCAGGAAGGCAAAGUACUUUCCAGAUGACGCUACGAUCACCCGAAAGAUCUCCAAAAAAUCAACUCGAUGUGCUCAAGUCAGCUCAUGCUGUCCCAAAAACACCUCAGCGAGCAAAAGAGAAUAAAGAGUCAAGAGUUCAAACUCCCACAAAAUCCCCGAAAAUCCCUCCGGAAUGCAGGAUCCAGCUUGAAAGGCUAUCUUUAGAGGAAAUCUGCAAACGUAACCUGCAACCAAAGCAUCACAGCACACCAGUCAACGUGAAAACGUCUAAAGCCAGAAUGACUGGCUUUGCGUCACAUGCUGCUCAGGAGCCAGCCAUGCCGGCAGGUGCCUGGCCAAAGGUUGUCCUUAAUCGCAUGAACAUAAAGGCUAUUGAUGCAGACAGCUCCACGCCUACCUCAUCCCCAGCCAGAGCAUCUACCUCAGCCUACCAACCACUGGAUGAUUACCAGUCACCUCACAGUAGCCCUCAUGAGUCUGAUCUGGAUGCUGAUGAGGAGCCUGCUUCAGUUUCCCAGUUCUUCCUCGAUGACAUCUUUACUGAAGUUGUGGAUGAAGAUUGAUUCCCAUUUCUGACCUGUGCGUUUAAAUCCAACUGCUGCUAUUCAAGUUUACUGCACUAAAGUCUUUCCAGUGUUUUGAAGAACUGUUAUUUUAAAUACUUUGUUUGUUUGUUCAAUUUUAUUCACAAAGGGAAAGACUAAUAACACAAACAUACAUUUCUGUUAUGGGGCCUUUGCCAUGCAUAAAUAUCACACAUAAAUGUGAUAAGACAAUGCAGAGCUCUUCUUGAGGUUUACCAAUGACUGCCUUAUUUAUUUCUAUUUAUUUUAUGAUAAACAUUGCUUAUUAAAACAGUCUUGUUUAUAUUUUUUUUUUUUUUUUGACAACAGUUUAUGUUACAAGUUCUUGUUUCAUUCAAAUACAAAUUUAUUUGUUUUUAAGGUUACUUUGCGUUUCAUUUAUGUUGUCCCAUAAGCCUGCAUUCUUUAGUGAAGUUUUAAAACACGUACAUCUAAAUGUGUUUUGAUUCAUGUGUUACAUUGCUAAUUAUUAUAUUAUCUAUUAUAUAACAGUCGCCUAUAUUCAUAGUGUUUUUGAAUGCCACUCGAAUUAUCUUGUGUAUCACUUCGACUACAUCACUUGUGGCAUUACCUCACAAAAGUAACAUUAACAUACAUAUUUUUAAUCAAUAAAAAAUUCUGUUAAGUA